UCUCUACUGUUUCUAUUGUUUCUCCUGUUUUCUACUAUUUCUAUUGUCUCUACUGUCUCUGCUGUUUUUACUAUCUCUACUGUCUCUACUGUUUCCUGCUCUUUUCUUCUUCUACCAUUUUAGUCUUUCUUCUCUUCCUCUGUAUUUUUCUCCACUGUAUUUUUUUCACCUUCUUUGGUUUGUCUUUUAUUUUCUAUUCACAUUUUCAUCUCAUCCAUCCAUUUUCUACCGCUUAUCCUCUAGUAGGGUCGCGGGGGGGUGGAGCCUAUCCCAGCAGGAGAGGCGGGGUACACCCUGGACAGGUCACCAGUCCAUCGCAGGGCAAACACAUAGAGACAGACAACCAUUCACACUCACAGUUUAGAGUAACCAAUUAGCCUAGUCCCCAUUUGCAUGUCUUUGGACUGUGGGAGGAAGCCGGAUAAACCCGGAGAGAACCCACACUGGCACGGGGAGAGACUCCACACAGUAAGAUCCCACGGCCGAGCCGGGACUCGAACCCGGAACCUUCUUGCUGUGAGGCGACAGCGCUAACCACUGCACCACCUUUCAUCUCUUUCUUUUUGUCAUUAUAUAUUCUACUCUCCUUUAUUACUCUGUCAUCAGUUCCUCUUUUAUUCUUCCUCUCUUCCUUUCCUUCUUUCCUUUCCUGUCUAUCAUGUCUUCUUGUCUUUGCUCUCUCUUUUCCCCCUUCACACCCUUUUCUUUCUCUCUUUGGAGUCUUUUCCUUUCUCCAUCAUGUUAAUCUGUUUCUUCCUUUUCUUUGUUUACAUUUUCUCUUUUUUUCAUAAUUUUACUUCUUCUUUGGUUUGUCCUUUCUUUUUCUACUCUUCUCUGACCUCUAUUUCUUCUUCUCUGACAGGGGGUCUCACUCUGUCCGAUUUUCUGCUCUCCGUCAUCAUGGCCGACUGGACCGACUGUCUGAACUUCGGCAUCUCCAUUGCCAAACAAGCCAGUGAGAUCAUCCUGUUGGCAUUUCAGCAGCAGAAACAAGUUCACCUGAAAAGUUCUCCGGCUGAUCUCGUAACAGAAACUGAUCAACGAGUUGAGAAGAUCCUGAUCAACGCCAUCAGGAACAAAUAUCCACUGCACAGGUUCAUUGGGGAGGAGUCUGUGGCUGCAGGUGAGCGUCUGGAGCUCACGGACUCUCCCACCUGGAUCAUCGACCCCAUCGACGGGACUGUUAACUUCGUCCACAGGUUUCCAUUCGUGGCCAUCUCCAUUGCCUUCACAGUCAACAAGCAGACAGAGUUUGGGAUUGUGUACAGCUGUGUGGAGGACAAACUCUUCUAUGCUCAGAGAGGAAGAGGAGCCUUUCUGAAUGGAGAACCGCUGCACGCCUCUGGACAGGAAGACAUCAGCAGGUGUGUGGUGGUGACGGAGAUAGGGGCGGAGCGUGAUGACCUCUCUCUGUCUACCAUGACCUCCAACAUCUUCAGACUGCUGAAACUACCUGUGCAUGGGGUCCGUGCGUUGGGCACAGCCGCGGUCGACAUGUGUCAGGUGGCGACAGGUGGAGCAGACGCCUACUAUCACAUUGGGAUGCACUGCUGGGACAUCGCCGCGUCCACCAUCAUUGUCCAGGAAGCUGGAGGCGUUGUCAUGGAUACGGAUGGCUCAGAGUUUGAUAUGAUGUCCAGGAGAGUCAUCGCUGCCAGCUCCUCUGCUGUGGCCAAAAACAUUGCCCAGGUGAUCCAGGUGUUUCCCUGUCGCCGUGACGAUGAGGAUCCCUGCAGGUGUAUCUGUGGAGUGACAGGUGUGAACAGCGUGUAGGUCAGCUGACAGAAAGUGUGAUGGAGGUGUUUCUGAUUUAAAACCACAAAUAAAACCUUAGAACUGUGACAUCA